UCCAUUUAGUUCCCUUAUUUUAAAUGCGAUUUGAUUAAUUCCCUAAAACUUUACCUUUUAAAAAACAAAGAAACAAGUCUCAAUCCGCCUACAUGUGCGUAAAACUUUACAAAUUUUAUGUAGACUGCUAGUUCCGUGGUAGCUAAGAAUUUGGUUAGGGUUUAAGGGUCACGAACCAAAGCUGCAGAAAGCGGAACAACCCGAUAACCAGAAAAUGGAUACGGAUCAAAACCCAAGUGCUGAACAUAAGAAGACUGAUCCUCCUUCAUCCGCUUCGGCCUACCUUGAUCCUAACUACUGGAACCAGCGCUUCUCUAAUGAAGAACAUUAUGAGUGGUUCAAAGAUUACUCUCAUUUUCGCCAUCUCAUUCAAGCACACAUCAAACCCAAUUCCUCAGUGCUGGAACUGGGCUGUGGGAACUCACAAUUGUGUGAAGAGCUCUACAAGGAUGGGAUUACUGAGAUAACAUGCAUUGAUUUGUCAUCUGUUGCAGUGCAGAGGAUGAAGGAAAGGUUAUUGUCUAAGGGAUACAAAGAAAUAAAAGUGCUGGAAGCAGACAUGCUAGACCUCCCCUUUAGCAACGAGUGUUUUGAUGUGGUUAUUGAGAAAGGAACCAUGGAUGUACUGUUUGUGGACAGCGGUGACCCGUGGAAUCCACAGCCUGAAACAGUAUCCAAGGUCUUGGCAAUGCUUGAAGGUGUUCAUAAAGUUUUGAAACCUGAUGGCAUUUUCAUAUCAAUUACUUUUGGCCAGCCGCACUUCAGGACACCUUUAUUUCAGAAUCCCAAAUUUACAUGGUCUGUUGAAUGGAGUACUUUUGGAGAUGGGUUUCACUAUUUUUUCUAUAUAUUGAGGAAGGGAAGGAGGUCUUUAGAUGGUGGGGAGUCCACCGAAAAAAUUGAAAUGCCGCCAUUUUGUCUAUAUCAAGAAGAAUUAGAGGGUGAAGAUUAUAUUUUUCGAACCAAUAUUGACAAGAUAGAUUGUUAGUUCGAUUGUAACUCUUUUCCUUUUAGUUUCCCUGCCGUAAACUUGCCAAUGAAGUUCAAAAAAGGCAACACAUAUCUGAAUACUAUUCUAUCUGUGCGAUGCCAAAAUUAACGUGAUUAAGAUUUAAACCAUCAACAAGCAUUACAACCUUUCAGUUGUAAGCUUCAUCAGUUCAAGCCUUGUCCAAGUUAUGUUAGUGUCACUAUUGUAAUGAAAACUAGUUAUCCUUGAAUGUUUCAAGUUCUGCAUUUUGCGUUGAUGACCAUUUGUGCUUAUGUUUAAUGCAGACGUCACCUAGGCUCUAACAGUACUUGUACAGUUGUAUUAGUGCUUGGAUCAGGGUGUCGAAAAAACUUGGCAUAGGUACUGUGCUAGGCUCCUGAGUAAACAUCAUUUUGACUGAAUUUGAAUGUUCUAUACCAUCUCUAGUUUUAGUAAAGUUCUGCAGAAUCCAUUUGUAUUGCAGAGCAUGGUACAUUGGAAGAAAAAAUUCUGCACGUCGAUGAAAUUAUGUAAUUCUAUUACCCUUUUUUACGUUGUAUUUGACUGAUCUAAGCUAGCAAAAAAAGGAAAAGAAAAAGGAAAACUAGGAAGGAACUCAUUGAACGCCAAGCAGGUUUGGGCAACAAGCGGCUGCACGAGAAAACUCGAAGAAUCAUAGAGCCAAAAUGGAAAAAACCCUCUAGAGGAAAUGGUUGAAAUUUCGAUCUUAUAGUUAAAAAUUAUACGUUUUAACCAAUUGAGCUAUUUCAACUUUAGUGUAUUAUUUUUUAUAUUUUUAUAUAUGAUUUCUUA